AUGGAGUCCUGUUCACAAAUGACAGAUGGCGUUGUGGACAAAUACCUACAUGGUGACUGUCAGAACGGAUAUACAAAGCAACAUGUCAAAGAAAUGAUUGUUUCGUAUUUGAAUUUGACAUUUGCGUUCACUUUGACAGUAUUGGAAUUAAUAUACGAUUACAGUUCUUACAUUCUAUUGGCUGUUGCUUUAUAUUUCUUGCUGCUAAUUCUGUAUAGAAGUUAUGUCAAUCCUAUAAUUUUUAAAAAGGAAUUCACAGAAAUAGGAUUCGAACACAUUCCCCCUGGGCCUGAUAGAGACAGAAUCAUAUCUAGAGCUCAAACUGCUAAGAAAAUAGGCAGUAAGACUCCACCACCAUUUCCGAAUGGAUGGUUUGCAGUUGCCGAAAGUCGAGAACUAAAGAAUGGAGGAGUUCUUUCGAUCGAUGCACUUGGCCAAAACCUCUGCAUCUACCGUGGCGAAGACGGCGUGGCGCGCGUUGUGGACGCGUACUGUCCACAUCUAGGAGCUAACCUGGGUAUCGCAGGCACCGUCAGCGGCUCCUGUAUCGAAUGCCCCUUCCAUAAAUGGAGGUUCGGGGAGAAUGGCGCCUGCGUCAGUGUUCCAGGAGUUGAACAUGCACCAAAAGGAGUUUCCAUAAAACAUUGGACGACCGUUGAAAGAGACGGCGCAGUGUGGAUCUGGUAUGAUGCUGAAGGAAGGGAUCCAUUGUGGAUAGUUCCUGAGCUACCUGAACUCAAAAGUUGGGGAUACCGAGGAAGAAACGAAUACGUUGUCAGCGCUCAUAUUCAAGAAAUUCCUGAAAACGGUGCUGACGUUGCCCAUUUAAACGCUGUACAUACUAUGUCCCUGCUGUCCGGCUUAGGAGAGAAAUAUCCACUACUAAAUGAUUUAAUAGGAUGCCACGUGUGGUCAGCUACUUGGACAAGGAAUGAGGAUCACACAGCCACCAUGACACUGACGCACGAUUACAAAAUCAUGAAGUGCGACCUAGGACAUGUUGAUGUUAAAGUUACACAGAUUGGACCGGGCCACGUACGUCUAUUCCUAAGCACUCCAGUGGGACCUAUCUUAGUCUCCCAGUCAGUCACUCCGUUGGGACCAAAUCUACAAAAAGUCAUACAUCGCAUGUUUUCGCCUACUUACAACGCUCCCUUCGCUGCACUGUCGGUUAAGGCAGAGGGCGCUAUGUUUGAACGAGACAUAGUAAUUUGGAACAGUAAGCGCUUCGUGUCCGCGCCAGCAUAUGUCAAAACGGACAAGACUAUUAGAGCUUUCAGAAAUUGGUUCGCCCAAUUCUAUAGCGAAAAUAGCAUACCUUUUAGAGAAGCUCUUCAAAACCCAUUAGAUUGGUGA